AAUUUUCAAGUGCAACUGACUAUCUGCUAGGAGAGUGCCAUUCUUGGCACAGUCUUUUAUGCCCUGGAAGAAGAUGGCUCAGCACUACUUAUGGAUCUUUCUCCUUUGCCUGCAAACCUGUCUGGAAGCAGUUGAAAGCAACACAGACAUCAUCACAGUGAAUGGGACUCUGGGGGAACCAGUUAUUUUCCCUUUAUGUAUCCAAGAAUUACAGCAAGUUACUAGCAUUGCUUGGAUGAACUCCAAAACUUCUGUUGCUCUGGUAGUAGUACCAGACUCAGGAGCAGCACCCCAAGUUACUGUGACCCAUGAAAAUUAUUAUGAACGAAUAAAUGUUUCACAUACGAACUACAACCUGGAGAUCAGCAAUCUGAGGAUGGAAGAUGCAGGGAUCUACAAGGCUGACAUAAAUGUAAAGACCUCUAAAAUUAAGAGCACCAUCACCAGGAGCUAUAGCCUUCAAGUCUAUCGUAGGCUUGGGAAGCCAAAAAUUACUCAGAGUUUAAUGACAUCUAUAAACAGUACCUGUAAUGUCACACUGACAUGCUCUGUGGAGAAGGAAGAAAAAAAUGUGAUAUACAGUUGGGGUCCCCUGGGAGAAGAGGGCAGUGUCCUUCAAAUCUUCCAGACUCCUAACAACCAAGAGCUGAUUUACACAUGUACAGCAUGGAACCCUGUCAGCAACAAUUCUGACUCUAUCUCUGCCCAGCAGCUCUGUGCAGAUAUCACAGUGGGCCUCCAUACUCAUCAUGCUGGGUUGCUGAGUGGGUUGGCUGUCCUUUCUCUGUUUAUACUCAUUCUACCUUCAGUGCUUUUGUUCCUUUUGUGCAAGAGGAGACAAGGUCCCUACUUGAAGAUCUUCAAUAAGAAAGCUGAUCCUGUCUCAAAGAACACAAUAUACACAUAUGUCAUGGUUUCAAGAGAUACCCAGUCAGCAGAAUCCAGAAUAUAUGAUGAAAUCCCCCCAUUCAAGGUGCUCCCCAUGAAGGAGAUGCCAGUAAACACAAUCUAUUCCAUAGUGCAGUACUCUGAUAAGGUCACUAGAUAACAUUAUCUCCGUGGAAACUAAACUACAACCAUAGAUAAUGACAGACGUGCUGGAUUCAGACUUUCUCUACCCAGAUUUUACAUGACGAUUGCAAGUCACCACAUCCCAACAUGUAAGCAAAUCAGAAAACCUGCUGCUGGGAAUAGCUUGUGCCUAGAUAGACAGAUGGACAUGUGCCCUUUCUAAAAUGGCUGCCUUCUGAAUAAAUGAUAAGACAAGUAUCCUGGUAUAGUGAUUCCCAAUCUUCUUUCUAUCACAGCAAAUAUAGAAAAUAUUUUUAUGGCAUAAUGGAGUAAACAAUCAAGAAUGUUCAUGUCCAGAGGCUGCCUAUGACUACAGGCUUAUGGUAACUAUAGUUGAUAAACUUUUCCAGCAACUCCAUACAUAGAGUAUUUUGCAUACUUGCAACGUGCCAUGGCACACCACGAAGAAUGCCCUGCUUACACUCUACUCUGGAACAUGGCUUCUACCAGUUCAGACAGCACCUUGGGCAAAUUAGAAAAAGGCCUCCUUCCCUGAGGCAGACACAGCCCCUCAACCAAGUGCAUGGCUUGGUGAAUAGAAUGUUGGCUGUGAUUCAGCCUCCACUAGACCCUUUGCCCAGGAAUCUUUGUUCAUCAUACAACUGGCUGGACCAGUGCAAUCAUGUGUGACAUAUUGCAUGGGAAGCCAUCAGAGUUGUGACUCUCAGCAAUUCAGACAUACUCCCCAAAAUGGUGUGUUGGAAAAUGCUCUUUUUCUAGGGACUAGACUGCUAGAGAAUUUUCCUUCAGGCUCUACUUCAGAAGCCUCAUAAGAUUUUCUUUCUGGCUAAACUUUCCUUUAUGACUCUGUGAUGGUUAAUUUUAUGUGUCAAUUUGAUGGCAUCAUGGAGUGCACAGAUAUUUGGUUAAACAUUAUUAAAGUGUGUCUGUAAGGGUGUUUCUGGAUGAGGUUAACAUUUGAAUUUGUAAAUAGAUUAAAUAGAUUAAACCUCUUCCUCCUGAGUGGGCAUCACUGAAAAAACCACCAAAAGCUUGAACAGAACAAAAAGAUGAAGUAAGGGAGAAUUCAUCUUCUCUCUAUCUAUCUAUCGCUCAUCUCUAUCUCUAUCUCUCUCUCCCUCCCUUCCUCUGAGGGACUGUCUUUGAGCCAGGACAUCAGUCUUCUCCUGCCUUCAGACUUAGACUGGAACUUACACCAUCAACUCCCUUGGUUCUCAAGCCAUUGGACGCUGACUGGAACUGCAUACCAUCACCUCUCCAGCUUGCUGACUACAGAUCUUGGGACUUUUCAAUCUCCAUAACUACAUGAGGCAAUUCCCUACUAUAUCUAUUUCCCAUUAGUUCUGUUUCUCUGCAGAACCAACCUAAUACACAAUCCAAGCAGCCACAGCAACAAAAAGAAGCCAUACUCAAUAUUUCAUUCCUUGAAAAGAAUUGACAAACUAUAUUUCUGGCACUUUAUGGGAACUAAAUGUAACUCACCCAUCAAGAGAGCUUGAAAGAAGCAAAGUCAUUCUCCAGAGGGAACUUGAGAGAUAAUGUUGCAGAUUACAAAACUGGGUUCACCCCAGUUACUGAGGCUCUGCCCAGAGAGUCAUGGAGUUCAAGAUGAGGUGAAGUGUUCCUCCCCCUUCCCUGCCAUGACUGAGGGGAACAUUCAAGAGAGCAGUUAAAAAUUUUCUUCCUUUAUGUGUUAACAGACAUAACCAACUAAAUCGUAAAUGCCUACAAACAAUCCCAAGCUAGGCAGCAGAAAUAAACUACAGUUAGGCAGAAUGAAGGUUUUAGCUCUUGUGAAUGGGCCAGUAAAAUCAUCUAGCCCUGACUACUUUUAGCACUGUUUUGGAGUCUGCAAGGCCCCCAAAGUAUGAGAUGUGCAUAAUGUCUGCCCUGGGCUUGCUGAGAAACCAAUCCAGCACAGACACUGAAGUUAAAUCCUGAACCACAUACCACUAAGGGUGGAACAAGCUAGGACAGACAGAAAAGACCAUAUGGUGCAGGUGGGCUGAAACUGAUCUUUGCAGGAUGGAUGGAACUCAGCAGAGGAUGAAGAAGACAGGCCAUCCACAUGAAGAAAGCAUAAACAACUAAAAAGAAAAAUGGAGCCCUGGAUCUGCAUGGUGAAUUUUUGGGCACCUCCCCAGAUACACCAUGCAUGUUCACAUUCCCUAUAUGUGGCAUAGCCUUGGCCAGAGGGUGUGCCCCACUUGUUAUCUAUGUACACAUCUUUUAAUACCCAGCUCCAAUGCUACCUCUUCUAUAAAGUUUUUCCUGGUUUCAUUAGUCAAAUUAACUAUGGCUCUUUUUGCACUCCUUCACUUUUCCUUUGGUCCUUCAGUCACUAUAUCUCAUUCCAUUUUGCUCUACAGUAUAUAUGAUUACUUGUUUCCCUCUACAAUUUGCAUUACUUAAGGACAAGAUUCAUGACUUCAUGAUCAUCAAGAGGUGAAAAAUAAAAUGUGAUAAUUUUAUUUACCUCUACAUUCACUGCCAAGCAACAUAGUGCUUUCUAUGCUGCUUGUGAGCAAUAAAUACUGUUGAAGAGAAGGUACAUAUUAGAAGUAUUGAUAGAGAAAAGCCAAUAAGUACAGUAGAAUCAAAUUAUGGAAAACAUUAAAUUUCAGGAUGCAGAUGGCAAAGACUAUUGCCAAUGUAAGGGCAUUUUGGAGGGAGAAGAAUUCCUGAGUUAGCCAAAAAAAAAAAGGUCAACUGAAGCAAUGAACCAGGUGUGAUGAGGUGAAAGGUAGUCACACUAGGUAGUGACAUGGAUGAAAUCAAGAGAUUUGGUGAUGACUAGGGAAAAGUCCUCUUUGAACUGAACAGGCUGUGUCUCCCAAAAUAAAAGAACUUCUCAUCUUUAUAGAA